AUGGCGGCGGCGGGCCCGAGUACGCGCGGCUGUGCGGCGGCGGCGGCGCUGGGGCGGCGGCGCCGGCGCGGCCGCUGGGACGAGGCGGCGGCGGCCCCGAGCGGGGCGUCGCCGCGGCCCGAGGAGCCGGGCUGCGCCGGCUGCCGCGGGAGCCCGCGGGGCGCGGCGGCCCUGCCGUGCGGCCACUCGCUGUGCCGGGGCUGCGCCCAGCGCGCCGCCGCCGCCGCCGCCGCGGGCCCGGGCUGCCCGCGCUGCCGCCGUCGGGCCCGCCGCGACGGCCAGGCCGAGGCGCGGGCCGAGCGCGCCGCCGCCGCCGCCGCCGCCGCGGGGCCCGGGCCGGAGCAGGAGCCGCGCGCCGCGCCCGCCGAGCCAGAAUUUAUCUUCAGAGCACCAAUCAAAUUAAGCAAGCCUGGGGAACUUCGUGAGGAAUAUGAAAGCCUGAGAAAGCUGAGAGAAGAAAAGUUACAAGAGGAGAAAACCUCUGACGAUCAAAUCCACAAGCUGUUACCAGAGGACACAGAAACAGGGAAAAGGAAAAUGGAGGAACAGAAGAAAAGGGAAGAGCCAUUAGUACUGAAAACGAACUUGGAGCAUUGUCCUGCGCGUCUCUCAGAUUCAGAGAACGAAGAACCUUCCCGAGGCAAGAUGACACAGACACAUCGCUCUGCGUUUGUUUCCAAGAACAGCUCCUACUCCUUAGCUUUCCUGGCAGGGAAUCUUAAUUCCAAGGUGGAGAGGAGUCAAAGCUGCAAUGAUACCGCUCAGGACAGAGCCAAGAGCCGGCUCAGAGGUGCCCCCACCAGUAAGGCCAAGGGCGCGUCUCUGACCUCGGCCUCCGCCCCCAUCAUCGGCGUCCUCCUGUCCACCCAGAACAGCCGCUGCCUGUCGGCGCCCGACCUGGCCCUGGAGAAGCGCCUGCCCUUCGGCGCGCUCUCGUCCGUGGCGGCCCUGCACAAGCCCGAGCGCUCCAUCAGCCCCGAGAGCAACGACAGCAUCUCGGAGGAGCUGAACCACUUCAAGCCCAUCGUCUGCUCGCCCUGCACCCCGCCCAAGCGGCUCCCGGACGGGCGCGUGCUCAGCCCGCUCAUCAUCAAGUCCACGCCCCGCAACCUCAGCCGGAGCCUGCAGAAGCAGACGUCCUACGAGGCCAGCCCGCGCAUCCUCAAGAAGUGGGAGCAGAUCUUCCAGGAGCGGCAGAUCAAGAAGACCCUUUGCAAAGCCACCCUCACGUCCCUGGCGGCCGAGCCCCCCGGGGAGGACGGCGCCCCGGGGCUGGACUUCACGCCGCCGGCCAGCGCGGAGAAGCCCCCGCCGGCCCUCCCGGCCAGGCUGCCCGGCAGGCAGGCCCUGCCCGCGGGCGACCCGGACCCCCGUCUCCCGGAGCCCCCCGCGGCGGCGCCCGAGCGGGCCACCCCCGAGGCCCACUCCCACCAGACCUGCCCCAGCACGGCCAGGAAGGUCCUGGCGGCCAGCGCCGGGCCCCCAAGCGGCGGCGGCGGCGGCGGGACCCCGAGAACCAGGAAGCAGCCGGCUCCUGCUCUCGACCUGCCCAACGGGCUGGGGGCCGCCGAGCCGCCGCGCCGGGGUCGCAAGCGGUGCGCCAAGGCCAAGCCCGCCGAGCAGAACGGGCCCCUGAAGCGCCCGCGCGGCCGCCGGGGGCAGCAGGAGGAGGAGGACCGGCGCCUGGCCCUGCGCCUGCAGCGCCUCUUCGACAGCCAGAGGCGGACCGUGAGCCGCCGCAAGGGCAGCAGCGACCAGUACCUCCUGCGGUCCAGCGUGGCCAAGUAGCGCCCCGCCU